AUGGUUUGCUUGUGGUUCCUAUCUCUUCUUGCUUAUGGUUUUACUAUAUUGGAGGAGGUGAAUUGUUGGACCUACCAUUAUUCAGACAUAAAUAUGACUUAUGAUGAAGCAGAGAUGUGGUGCAAAGACAGAUAUACUAACAUGGUUGCCAUUCAGAAUAAGGAGGAAAUCAGAUAUCUUAAUAACUUCUUACCUUUUAAUCCCGGUUACUACUGGAUUGGAAUCAGAAAAAUUAAUGAGACAUGGACCUGGGUUGGAACUAACAAAGAACUAACAGAAGAGGCAGAAAACUGGGCUUUGGGUGAGCCAAAUGGUGAAGGGAACAACGAGGACUGUGUUGAAAUCUACAUCAAAAGAGGGAAGGAUGAUGGCAAAUGGAAUGAUGCACAGUGUGAGAAAAAGAAGGUUGCCUUGUGUUAUACAGCUUCCUGCAACCCAUCUCUCUGCAGCGGUCAUGGGGAAUGUAUAGAGACCAUUAACAAUCACACCUGCCACUGCAACCCUGGAUUCUAUGGGCCUGAAUGCGAGUUUGUUGAGACUUGUGACACCCUAAAGGAGCCUGAUCAUGGGACCCUGAAGUGCAGCCACCCACUGAAGAAUUUCGGCUACAGCUCAUCCUGCACAGUUCAGUGUGAAAAGGGCUACGAGCUGACUGGAGUAGAAUCAGUUCACUGUACCUCUCCUGGGGUCUGGUCUGCCUCCCUUGCGGAGUGCAAAGCUGUGACCUGUCCUGCCUUGGAAGCGCCUGCUCAUGGUAUUGUGAACUGCUCCCAUUCUUCUGCGGAGCUUACCUGGGGUGCUACCUGCCAGUUCACCUGUGAGAAAGGAUUUGCUUUGACAGGACCAGCCACACUGCAAUGUGGGUCUUCGGGGGCCUGGAACAAGCAGCAGCCAGCCUGCAAAGCUGUGAGUUGUGAGGCUAUAACCUGGCUGGAGGAAGGCUUUGUGCGCUGUGAGCAUGCUCCUACAGAUCUCACCUACCACUCACUUUGUCACUUCCACUGCAAUAAGGGCCAUGUUCUGCAGGGUCCAUCCAGUGUCCGCUGUGUGGCACAGAAUCAGUGGUCAAACCCGUUCCCAAAAUGCAGAGCUGUGACUUGUCCUGCCCUGGAAAGGCCUGCUCAUGGUAUUGUGAACUGCUCCCAUUCUUCUGAAGAGCUCACUUGGGGUGCUACCUGCCAGUUCACCUGUGAGGAGGGAUUUGCCCUGACAGGACCAGCAACACUGCAGUGUGGGUCUUCUGGGGCCUGGGACAAGCAGCAGCCAGCCUGCAAAGCUAUACAGUGUGAACCACUGAGCUCUCCUGAGAAUGGCUUUGUGGACUGCUUACAUGGUGCUGGGAACUUCACAUACAGCACAGCCUGCCACUUUAGCUGUGCAGAAGGAUGGAGGCUGAAUGGUUCUCAUCUUCUGGAGUGCAAUCAUUCAGGAAACUGGAAUGCCAGUCUGCCCACAUGUGAAGCUUCUGAACAAGGCACCUAUCUCGCAGUGGGCACUGCAGCUACAGUUGCCUCUCUGCUUUCCACAGCAUCAUUCCUCCUUUGGCUUGCAAGACGUUUUCGAAGAAAAGGAAAGAAAUAUACACCUUCCAGUAGCUAUCAGAGCCUCACCAUUGAAGGUAGCUUCCAGAGUGUUGGCCACAAUGUCUGA